AGGCAGCAGCAGCAGCAGCAGCAGUGCGGCAGCAGAGCAGCAGCAGCAUCCGGCAGCAAUCAGUGGCAGCAGCGGCAGCAGCAGCAGCAGCGGCAGCAGCAGCAGUGGCAGGCAGCAUCCAGCAGUCCCUUAGCGGCAGCAGCGGCAGUGGAAGGCGGCAGCAGCAGCAGUGGCAGCGGCAGCAGGCGGCAGUGGCAGAUGCGCAGUGGCUCAUCGGCAGCAGUGGCAGUGGCAGCAGCGGCCAGCAGCAGCGGCAGUGGCAGCAGCAGCGGCAGCAGCAGCGGCAGUGCAGCGGUGCGGCAGCAGCGGCAGCAGUGGCAGCAGCGGCAGCAGCGGCAGCGGCAGCAGAGCAAAGAGCGGCGACACAGU